AUGGUCUCCUCGAGAUGCCUCUUCCCAGGCACUGUAGUGUUUUGGGGUUUGCGGACGACGUCGCCCUUCUCGUCGGCGGGCGUAGUGCCGAACGCGUGGUUGCGUUGGCCGAGCAAACGCUCGCCCGCAUCCACGCAUGGUUUGCGAGAUAAUCACCUGGAGCUGGCGGAGGAGAAGACCGAGGUCCUGCACCUGACCGGCAGGAAGGCUCCCGAGGCCCUUCAACUGGCCAUCGGUUCGGCGUCUCUUCGAGGCAGCGGGUGCGUGCGCUACUUGGGACUGCUGAUUGAGGGGAAUCAGUGCUUCCGCGCACAUGUCAGGCGGAACUGCGAGAAGGCAGCUAGAUACGCGGGCCUGCCAGCAAGAAUCCUCCCCAAUAUCCGGGGCGGGGGCUACUGGGCUCGGCUACUCUAUUAUAGGGUGGUCGAGUCGGUGGUCCUCUACGCGGCCCCUGCUUGGGCGCACGUGGCGUCGAGGUGUGGUAACGACAAGGCCAUCAACGCGGUCCAACGUGCGAUCCUGGCUCGUGUAGCCAGGGCGUACAGGACCGUGUCCCUCGACGCCGUUUGCGUCUUGGCGGGCGUGCCGCCCUUGGUGUUGGUGGCGGAGGAAAGGCUCCGUAUUUUUCGCAGGCUGUCCACCCUCGACAGGGGCUCGGCUGGCUACGUGUCGGAGGCUGGGAGGAUGAAGGCUGAGGAAAGACUUGCCACGCUCGGGCUGUGA